CAAAUGUCAACCACACGGAGCAUAAAAUAAAACGCGUACGUAACAAAACAAGUCGCAAAUGAAAAACUAAUUUAUCAAGAAAUAUAUGAUUAGGUACCUACCUAAUCUAAUUUGUCGAAAUUAAUUAAUUGAUGUAUUUAAAUUAUUAUCAAAAUGUCACAGCAAUUAGAGCUAUUAACAGAGAAUCCAUCACAAUGGACUUCGGUUUCAUUACUCUCACCAGAAAUCCAAAAAAAGGAAAUAAAACCUUAUGUUGUCCUGGCCCUGAAAGAGUUAGAAGGCAACCCUGACAGCCGUACAUCCAGCCUUAUGAAUGUAGACAAGUUCUCCGCAGUUCGGGCUGUUGUGAGACACCUGGCGAGGCUGAGGUCGGCAAAUAAGGAGCCGUGGGCCUCCGAAGAUGUUACAGUGUUCCUGGAAAGUUUAAGGUUCAGUCCGGAGUGUGUAGAAGAGCUUACAUCUCUUUUAUGUUUAGACAAAGUGUACGAGAAUGUUCCUAAACACCUGCGUGUGAAGCCAGGCUUGGUGGAUCUACAGUGGAAAGUUGAUAUAUCUCUAAGCCAAUCAAAUAUGUCUUCAGAGAAUGCGAAUGCAUCCCAAGCCAAAGAAAUAAUGAGACGGUACACCCAUAUUAUACUGAUCUUAACACUCACCGAUGGACAAACCCUCACAUACAGGUUAUCUAUAAACAAGUUUCACGAAUUAAGAUAUACAGUGGCAUGCGCUUUGAAGAAUAUGAUCGUUUUGGAGAAAAGAAAAUGUAUGAGGAAAGACUGACACAGGCUGCCGUGGGGGUGAGCUGUAUAUAUAAAGGUUCUGUGCCUCCGUUUGUAAUUAAGAACCUUCUAGAUAAUCAUCGCUCGUUCGAUUUUAAUAGCACUCCUAAUUGUAUCGCCUUGCGUUCUGAGUAAGGCUUGCUACACACAUUCAGGUCAAGUUAAUUUCCACAGACUGUAAAGUUGAAUAAGUAUGGGUGCAUAACAAGCUUAUGUUCAAUAAAGCCAAGGAAUGGCGUGAUGGUUUUAAUAAGGCCUCUUCUUCUUUGUCCUCGCCUCUUCCCGUUACGCGGGGUCGGCUUUCCUAAUCUUAAGGCGCCAUUUCUUCCGCUGAUACGCGUCGUCAGUUGACAGGCCCAACUCUUUCAUGUCUCUCUGGACAUUUGACAUCCAGGUUGUUAGGGCCCUGCCUUUCCCUCUCUUUAACGUAGCCAUGGAAAGGCACUUCUUUACAGCGUGAUCUUCGGGUCUACGCAUUACAUGUCCAAACCAUCUUAGUCUGGAUUCUUUGAGCUUCUCGGUUAUGGGUGCCACCUUGAAACUGCCCCGUAUAUGUUCAUUUCGGACUUUAUCUUUGAGGGUAACUCCACCUGCCCAACGGAGCAUACGCAUUUCCGUCGUGUGUAGUUUAUGCUCUUGCGUUUGCUUUGAGGCCCACGUUUCGCUGCCAUAGAGUAGAACUGGUCUCACGGCGGUUUUAUAGACUUUGCCUUUGGUUCUUACAGGCAUUUUAGGAUCACAUAGGACUCCUGUCAGUUCUCGCCAUUUACUCCACCCAGACGUGGUUCUAUGGGUUAUGUCAGCGGUGAUCGUGCCGUCCUCGGCGAUAACAGAACCUAGGUAUUUGAACUUGUUUACUCUCGGUAGGAUUUCUCCAUCAAGCUUCAGCUCUGUGUGUGUCGUGCUAGAUUUGUCAAGGCUAAAGUUGCACACCAUAUACUCUGUCUUAGUUCUGCUAAUACGUAGUCCACCGGACUCGAGGGCGCUCCUCCAUUGCUCUAGGCUGUCCUGUACUUCUUGCUUGUUGUUCGAUAUUAAUGCAACAUCAUCCGCAUACAGGAGGUUCCAUGGUACGGGCUUCUGAAUUUUCUCCGUAAGGUAGUUCAUCACGAUGUUAAAUAGUAAUGGGCUAAGCGCGCUGCCUUGAUGAACCCCCACUUUGAUAUCGAAGCUUUUUGAUACACCUGCGGCACAUCGGACACUCGUUUGCACGUUAACAUACAUAUCUGAUAUGAGCUUUAUGUACCGUUCUGGAAUGUUCUGGGAGCGCAAGGCCUGCCAGAUCAAUGUUCUAGGUACACGAUCGAAAGCCUUUUCAAGAUCUAUGAAAAUCAUCCAUAGUGUUUGUUUGUUGUCACGAGAUUUUUCCAUUAACAGCCUUAUCACGUGUAUUGCGUCUGUGGUUCCCUUCCCAGCGGUGAAACCAAAUUGGUUUUCUGAUAUGAGAGUUAGACUUUGAAGACGUAAUAAGGCCAAUAAAAAAAUUACUAAUUUUUUUUUAAAGCCUUGUACACCAAUAAUAAUAAAUUUACCAGCCUUAGCUGAGAUAGAAAAACAAAUAUAAUAAUAAUAAAUAUAAAUAGAACAGAUUACACCGAUUGAGUUAGCCUCGAAAUAAGUUCGACUAUUUUUUUUCGUAAAAUAGAUGAACAUCCUAAUAAAACAUAUAAAAUCGACAAAUCAACUUCUUUGUUAUUGGCCUUAAUUUCUAAUUAGACAAACUCGUUAAGGCUAAUAGAUAAAGCGACUCAUAUUUAGGUGCUAGAAAUAUUGCUUAAGAAAAUAAAUGUGGAAAUGAAAUUUUCAAAUUAACAAGUUUUAAAAUCUGUUUGACAGAUUGUUUUGCCUUUUGAACUAGAAUAUGCUUAUCACAUUCCAUUCGUAAUAAUUACAUUUCUGAACUAAAGUAAAGUAUAGUUGUUAAUUUCGAAUUAUUAGAAAAAAAUAUGUACCGAAUAAAAUGUUAACAUUUUUAAAAUCUUGAUAAGAAUAACAUCAGCCCCUGUAGUAAGACACGCGCGACGCCAUUUUUAACACACGAAAAACUAUCGCGUUUCGCAUUUUAUUGUGACUCGAAACGGCCAUGCUACGGGAGCAGGACAGAUAUAUGAUUAUGAUGUAGGAGCGACAAGGAUAGAACAUACGAAUUUAUGUAUUUGACAGCUGUCAUUCUAAUCAUCAUACAUUUUAAGAAGUAUAAAUGGUGCACUGUUCGUAUAAUAAUGUUCAAGAGUUUAUUUUUUAAUAAAAGAAUGAAAUACUUUCAA